AUGCCCGGCGACAGGGAGGACGAGAUCUGCCAGAAAGCGCUGCAGCUGCUGGCCGAGCUGUGCUCCGUCGGGGCGGUGGAGAACGAGAACUGCCGGGAUUUCAUCUACUACCUGCGGGACAGAGCCCGGCCCCGCCUCAGCGACUCAGAUAUCUCCAUCAGCUUGCUGUCCCUGGUUGUCACUGCCUGUGGCCUGGCCCUGUUUGGUGUGUCCCUGUUCGUGUCCUGGAAGCUGUGCUGGAUCCCGUGGCGGGAGCGGGGCUUGCCCUUCGGGAACAAGGACAGCAAGCAGGAGCCGCUGCACUACGCGGACGCGGACGCCAAUGACCGCGACUACAGCGAGGAUUACCUGGGGCAGCCCGCUGCCUACCCCGAGGCCUCCAUGAAGAUCAGCCACACCUCCCCUGACCUCCCGCUGGACACCCAGGCGGGGACCAAGGAGAACUGCGUGCCCAAUGUGCGGAUGCAGCGCCAGAUCACCGAGCCCACCUCGUCUGACCGGCACAAUUCACUCCGGAGACAGCUCAACCUGUCCAACCCUGACUUCAACAUCCAGCAGGUUCAGAAGCAGGAGCAGCUGACGGGCAUCGGCCGCAUCAAGCCGGAGCUGUACAAGCAGCGAUCGCUGGACACGGACGACGGGCGCAGGAGCAACAGCAAGGCCUGUGGAAAACUCAACUUCAUCCUCAAGUAUGACUGUGAUUUAGAGCAGCUGAUAGUGAAGAUCCACAAGGCCGUCAACCUGCCAGCAAAGGACUUCUCUGGAACUUCAGAUCCGUACGUGAAGAUCUAUCUGCUCCCCGACAGGAAAACAAAACACCAGACUAAAGUGCACAGAAAGACCCUAAAUCCAGUGUUUGAUGAAGUUUUUUUAUUUACUGUCCCGUACAAUGAUCUCAACGCGAGGAAACUCCAUUUCUCUGUGUAUGACUUUGACAGAUUCUCCAGGCACGACUUGAUUGGCCAAGUGGUAGUGGAUAAUUUUUUAGAUUUGGCAGAUUUUCCCAGGGAAUGUAAUAUUUGGAAGGAUAUUGAAUAUGUCACCAAUGAUAACGUGGAUCUUGGUGACCUGAUGUUUUCGCUCUGCUACCUUCCAACAGCUGGUAGACUAACUAUUACAAUAAUAAAGGCAAGAAAUUUAAAGGCAAUGGAUAUCACAGGAGCAUCAGAUCCCUACGUGAAGGUUUCUUUAAUGUGUGAAGGAAGGCGGCUAAAGAAAAGGAAAACUUCCACCAAGAGGAACACCCUAAAUCCCGUUUACAAUGAAGCCAUAGUCUUUGACGUCCCUCCAGAAAACAUUGACCAAAUUAACUUGUCGAUAGCUGUUAUGGAUUAUGACCGUGUAGGUCACAAUGAGGUCAUUGGAGUUUGUCAAGUAGGCAACGAUGCAGAGAGCCUAGGUCGCGACCACUGGAACGAAAUGCUCUCGUACCCUCGGAAGCCCAUCGCUCACUGGCAUCCUCUUGUGGAGGGCCCUAUUCAGCAGGAAUGUUAUGCAGGUCUUCUGCGCUUGGAUGGCUGCCGAAGAGGCUUCCUCACCCUUUUAACCUAUUCAGCAGAAAUUUGGCAUUCCUGUUGAACUCUUUCUUAGCCAUAUCCUCAGGGGCUAUUCCACAGAGUCCAGUGGGGAAUCAAGUGGGGGAGGGUGUCCAGCGCAUCCAGGCUGUGCAGAGAAAUAUAUACACAGCAUAUCAUUUUGGUUCCUGAAUCAGGACUAGACUCAGCGAGAGCUUCUGGAACCUCUGUGGCCACAGCCAUAGGACCCUGAAUAUUUGCUGAAUAGGACCCUCAGUCUUCUACUGUGUGAAGAGCUAUUGGUUUCAAGUAGCGUGAUGUUAUCCACUUGUAGCAUUAAUUCUCCAGCUGACACUUCUGCUACUGAUAGAUUAUUUGUAUGGUCGUAAGCAUUACCCAAAUUCAAGUCUUCAUUUCUGUUCGGUAGAAUAACCCAGGUUCCACAAGCAAAAUGACAGCAACCUAAACCAACAAAUAUGGGAAGCAGCAACAAAUAUUGUCCUUGUAUUUGCAAAAAAGGUGCAGUAUUGUGAAUGGUUAGCUUUCUGAGUAUCUUUUUCUUUUCAAGAAUGAUUGCCAUCAGAUAUUUAUUUUUUGAUGACAAGUUGCGUCCUCAGUGUCAGCUGGUGCCUCCUUUCACCUGACAUGAAAACAAAUUAAUACGGUUCCUUGCAGAAACCCUUCAAAUCUGAAAAACUGUAAAAAAAGUUCUGCUGGGUGAGAACAAGAUGCAUAUGGUAUUUGUAAUGACAGCAUGUUCUUUGAGAAAGGAGAUAGCCAUCUGUAAAACAUGGAGGUUGUUAGUCCUCAACCUUUGGAGAUGAUUUUCCAGUCGACGUUUCUGAGUCGUGUCCACAGCGCUGCAAACUGUUGGAAGCGUGUCCCAGGUGGCAAUGCUGGAUCAUACAAACAAGCACACACACCCUGUGUCGUUUGAAAACGCUGUUCCAAGUCUAUAGUGCCUGUGAAGACUUCCUUUAUUAUUUGUGGUAGAAUUAGCAGGGCUGUUUUACAUGAUGGUAUGUUGUAAAUUCUGACAAAUUCCGACCAUUAAAAGAAAAUGAAUC